AAUAAAAUGGCUCUUGUAACUCAGAAAGAUACCACAUUCACCAAGAUCUUCGUUGGAGGACUCCCAUACCACACAACAGACGCUUCCCUCCGGGAAUUCUUUGAACACUUUGGAGAGAUCGAAGAAGCAGUGGUCAUUACAGAUAGACAGACUGGAAAAAGCAGAGGAUAUGGCUUUGUGACGAUGACUGAAAGAACGGCUGCAGAAAGAGCAUGCAAAGAAGCCAACCCCGUUAUAGAUGGCAGGAAAGCCAAUGUCAACCUCGCCUACCUAGGUGCCAAACCACGAGGUAUAACUCCAGCACUGCCAUUGACGCUUAAGGCGGGUUACCCAGCAUCAGCACUGGCGGGAAUACAAGGACAGUAUGGUGUGCCGCAGUACAUCUACCCCAGUGCGUUGGUAGCAGCAUCACCUACUACGGGCGGUGUAAUGCCAGCUGGUCUAUCACAAUCGCCACUAUCACCAACAACAGGGGCAGGCUACUUCGACUAUACCACAUAUGCCAACCAGGUCGCUAACCAGUAUGCAGAGGCGGCCGCCGGGUACCCAUUCGCAGCUCAGGGUUAUGCAGCAGCCGCUCAAGCUGCUUACACAUACGGCAUCCCACAACCUCUAUCUGCGGGGUCAGCAGCUGCCGCCGCUCUAUAUCAACCACAGCAGCUCCAAGAGCGGCUACAAUAA